AUGACCGAAGAACAACUAUCACAGAUGCAUGAAGGAAAGUCAUCCAGAAACAAUUCAUUAACAGAUUAUAAUACAAACAUUGUUAACGAUGAUGGCGUAAAUGAAAGCUCAUUGCAAAAGCCAACAUCCGCAAAUGCUAAGCAAGCAAGUCGAAGAUCAUCAACAACUCAAACUUCACCCAAACACGAUACUCAUAAUUCUCAGCCCAAUACUGCAACUAGAGAUGAUAUGGAAGAUAAAUGUCCAUUGUGUUUUAUGAUAUUUCCACAGAAUAUGUCGAAACAAGAUCGACAGCUACAUGUUAAUGAGCAUUAUACAGAUGAUUAA